AUGUCACGUCGAGAGGAUCGUUACAACGAGGACGCGACCGUUGGGUUGGAGUUCGUCCCAGCAGGAUCAUGGGACUGCCACAUGCAUUGCUUCAACCCUGUACGGUUUCCAUUAAGCCCCGAUCGCGCCUAUACACCAAUACCAGCCUCUCUGUCAGACUACGAAGCUUGGUCGCCAUUCGACAACAUAAACAUCGUCCAAGCCACAAUCGAGGCUUCGCCGGAAGGUGUUCUCGCGCACAUUGCUGAAGGUUCUCGAACCUAUUCAGGCAAGCAAUUCUGUGGCACCAUAAUUUCCGAUAGCAGGAGUGCGAAGACUAUCGCAAAUGCAACAACGACACAGAUAGACCGGCUACAUGACGCCGGGGUACGGUGUCUGCGCCUGCAUUGUGGUUUUGGCGGCUCGAAGGGCCUCGACCAAUUCGUGGUUCAUGAUUUGGGUCAGCUCGCGAAGUCCACGGGGGUCGUGAAACAUGGCUGGGCUAUCUCCCUACAGAUGCCACUUUGCUUUUGGGCUUCUCUCCGCGACAAAGUCGCUCAAGACGAUUCUUUGAAGAGGGUGAAACUAAUUGCAGAUCAUGUCGGAUACGUGGGCCCCAGCGAUUUGGCGACGGCAGGCUUCGAGGCAUUCUUGAAUCUUAUUCGCAGCGACAACGUCUACGUCAAAAUAUCUGCACUACACCGCCGCAGCCCGAACAAAAUCGAAGACAUGAAGGAUGUCAUCCAGCAGCUGGCAAACGCUGCCCCAGAUCGUAUGCUCUGGGGCAGCGAUUGGCCUCACGUAAACAGUGGAGCUAAGGGUCUCGAGCCGACGCCUCCUUUAAGCGACGCCGAUGCGUUGGAAGAGCUCAAAAUGGUCAAGAGAUGGCUAACAUCUGAGCAAUGGACAAAGAUGCUGGUGGAUAAUCCUUGCCGUGUGUUCCGUGGUAGAGAUGACAAUGGUAGCGGAGCGAAUAUUUAG